CCGGCAACAUUGUGCAGAGCUAGGUGGCAAAAGAUGUCUGCUCGCAUUUGCUAAUGUGAUUGUUUGGUAGUAUCACGUUACGUAUGGUAAAGUUGUUGUAUGAAACACUGAACUGCAGGCUGCUUUAGUUCGCGAUUAGGGAUAUUGUAUUGUGUACUUGAGAAGUCAAUUCAAUUUCGCGGGCACAGAAGCCAUGGUUGACGACGCCACAAGGAAAACUCUAAGCAAUAUCCCUCUACUAAAAACGAAAGCAGGGCCGAGAGAUAAAGAUCUGUGGCCAACCAGACUAAAGGAAGAAUACCAGGCCCUUAUACAGUAUGUACAGAAUAACAAGGAAAAUGACAAUGACUGGUUCAGGCUCGAGUCCAACAAGGAUGGGACCAAGUGGUUUGGGAAGUGCUGGUACAUCCACGAGCUCCUCAAAUAUGAGUUUGAAGUGGAAUUUGAUAUUCCAGUUACAUACCCCACAACAGCACCUGAGCUAGCUCUCCCCUCUUUAGAUGGAAAGACUGCAAAGAUGUACAGGGGCGGGAAAAUAUGUUUAACGGACCACUUCAAACCUCUUUGGGCAAGAAACAUUCCCAAAUUUGGUAUUGCACAUGCCAUGGCUCUGGGGCUGGGUCCGUGGCUCGCAGUAGAAAUUCCAGACCUAAUACAGAAGGGAAUCUUGAAACAUAAAGAUGAGCUUCCUGCAAAGUAGCAGAUAUAUGAACGCUUAUAAAGUGAACAUUAUUUUGAAA